AUGAUUACGACUGAUCGAGGCGCGCAGUUUGAGUCCACACUUUUCCAAACUCUCCUCAACUUCCUUGGCUGCACACGUAUCCGGACGACGGGCUACCACCCAGCUGCCCACGGCCUGGUUGAGCGUUUCCACCGCCAGCUAAAAACUGCACUGCGUGCCGCAGAAGAUCCCGAAAACUGGUCAGACAAUGUACCCGUUGCACUUCUUGGCAUUCGUGCGGCACUGAAGUCAGACUUGGACUGCACCGCAGCCGAAUUAGCUUUCGGCACUACCCUCCGACUUUCUGGUGAGAUGGUCACCCCAACCUCUCGUCUGCGACAAUUCAUGCGCUCGCUUUCCCCGGUUCAACCUCGAGCUCCAUCGACCGAGCCUUAUGUUGAAAAAGGCUUAGCCAACUGCACCCAUGUGUUCGUUCGGUGUGAUCGUGUGCGGAAGCCGUUAGAAUCACCUUACGAAGGACCGUUGCGUGUGCUUGCACGUAACAGCAAGACCUUCCGGAUCCUUUGCAGUGACAAGGAGGACGUGGUCAGCAUCGAACGGGUCAAGGCUGCUGUUGCAGAGGAGCCCCCGGACGUGUCUCAAGGAAAAGCAUGUGCUGACCCUAUACCUCCUCCCACUCCUUUUCCACUUUCCCCACCUAUACCUCCGUCCCGUAUACUUCCUCUUCCUUCUGGUUCGCAGCAUCAAACUGCAACCUCUUCCUCCACCCUUAACUUGUCCACUAAAACCCCCACUCAGCUGCCUCCAACAGUGCCUCCCGCAUAUAUCACCCGCAGUGGACGUAACGAUCACUUUCUCGAUCGUCAAGUUACUCAUUUCUCCUAG